AUGAGUUUCCAUUUAAUUAAGCAGCUGAGAGGCAUGAGUGUGGUGUUAGUGCUACUUCCCAUGGUGCUGGUUGUCGUGCUGGCGGGGGCUCAGCGAGCGUGCCCCAAGAACUGCAGAUGCGAUGGCAAGAUUGUGUACUGCGAGUCUCACGCCUUCAGAGACAUCCCUCAGAACAUUUCUGGAGGGUCUCAAGGCUUAUCGUUACGGUACAACAGCAUCCAGAAGCUUAAAUCAAAUCAGUUUGCGGGCCUGAAUCAGCUCAUAUGGCUUUAUCUUGACCAUAAUUACAUCAGCUCCGUGGAUGAGGAUGCGUUUCAGGGGAUCCGCAGGCUGAAGGAAUUAAUUCUAAGCUCCAACAAAAUUACCCAUCUGCACAACAAAACGUUUCACCCGGUCCCCAACCUCCGCAAUCUGGACCUCUCGUACAACAAGUUGCAGGUGCUUCAGUCUGAGCAGUUCAAGGGCCUUCGUAAGCUCCUCAUCCUGCAUUUGCGCUCCAACUCCCUGAAAACCGUGCCCAUCCGCGUUUUCCAAGACUGUCGCAACCUUGACUUUCUGGAUUUGGGCUACAACCGCCUGCGGAGCUUAUCCCGUAACGCUUUCGCCGGCCUUUUGAAGCUGACGGAGCUCCACUUGGAGCACAACCAGUUUUCUAAGAUCAACUUUGCCCACUUUCCACGCCUCUUCAACCUGCGCUCGAUUUAUUUGCAGUGGAAUAGGAUCCGCUCCAUCAGCCAAGGGUUAACGUGGACUUGGAGUUCCUUGCACAACUUGGAUUUAUCAGGCAAUGACAUUACGGGGGUAGAGCCUGGGACCUUCCAGUGCCUCCCCAACCUGCAAAAGCUGAACCUGGAUUCCAACAAACUCACCAACAUCUCUCAGGAGACCAUCAACACGUGGAUCUCGCUCAUCUCCAUCACUCUCUCCGGAAAUAUGUGGGAAUGUACUCGAAGCAUUUGCCCUCUGUUUAAUUGGCUUAAGAAUUUCAAGGGAAAUAAAGAGAGCACUAUGAUAUGCGCAGGCCCUAAACACAUCCAGGGCGAAAAGGUGAGCGACGCUGUGGAAACAUAUAAUAUCUGUGCUGAAAUCCAGGUGGUGGUUACCGAAAGGUCCUACCAGACACCCAAAACCCCUCAGAGACCUGUCUUCAUUCCUAAACCUACCGUUUCCAAACUGGAGAGCAACCAGCCCACGUCUGCUGUGCCCAGCCCUUCCGCAGAGCUCCCGACGCCCGGGGUGGAACCAGAGUACGAGCACGUUUCCUUUCACAAAAUCAUCGCGGGGAGCGUGGCCCUCUUUCUUUCCGUGGCCAUGAUUUUGUUGGUUAUCUACGUGUCGUGGAAGCGGUACCCGGCCAGCAUGAAGCAGCUCCAGCAGCACUCGCUCAUGAAGAGGCGCAGGAAAAAGGCCCGAGAGUCUGAAAGGCAAAUGAACUCCCCUUUACAGGAGUAUUACGUGGACUACAAGCCAACAAACUCUGAGACCAUGGAUGUAUCGGUUAAUGGAUCUGGGCCCUGCACCUAUACCAUCUCUGGCUCCAGGGAAUGCGAGGCUCUGCCCGGCAGCGGGGAGAUUUUACACAAAGGCUUUGAACUCUCUGCUCCGGCUUUUCUCCAUCCAGCAAAGGUUCCUCACCACAUGAAGACUUUACCCUACUACAGUUACGACCAACCGGUGAUCGGCUACUGCCAAGCUCACAAGCCUCUCCAUGUAAAUAAGGGGUACGAUACCAUGUCCCGGGAGCAGGCGGAGACAACCAACCUGGAACUCAGUCGAGACCACAGCUUCAUCGCCACCAUCGCGCGUUCGGCGGCUCCUGCCAUUUACAUCGAGAGAAUACCAAACUGAGGGUGGCCACGGCUUCUCCGGGGGCGGAGUGGGGAGUGCUUUUGAGAGGGACCUUUUCAUCUCACAAGAGACCGAGGCAAGAAAACUUAAAAAAUCUACCAUUCCAGUUCCAAAUGUCCCAACACAGACAAAGGGAAGGGGGAUAAAAAAGCAAACUCCGCAGACUGUGGAAGCGCUCCCUCGCAGUACACACUGAGAACUUCAGGAUUUUCUUUGCUUUAAACUUUCAAACAAAUUCCUCAAUGUAAAUAUUAAAAAAGAGAGAUUGUCAAGUUCUUAUUAAAAAAAAAAGAAAAAAAUAGAUUUCACUCUAGCUACAUAAAGGGAUGGAUUAAGAGUUUUGUUUGUAUAUUUGAUUUUUCUACAUUGCACGGUUCCAGGGAAGGAGAACCACAGGUAAAAAAUAAAAGGGAUGGGGAGGGCAAGGGUUUGGGCGGGGUGGGUCAGCCAUGUUUCCUUAUUAAGUGUUUAUUACUCUUCAAAGAUUCGUUUAAUAUUUUUUGUUCUUUUUAAACGAACAAAAGAUAGAUAUAUAUUUUCUUUUUUCUUUUUCUUUUUUUGUUGUUGGUUUUUUGGUUGUUUUGGUUUUUUUUUAAAGUGGUCAAGCGCUAAUAUUUCAAACUUCAGACAUGGGCAUUAAAGCUUAUGUUGAACCAAAAGGACAUUGGCAAUUGAUGCAGCAGAAACAAAGAAACUUGGGUGCAUGUACAUUUAAGACACAGGCUGUACACUACGGAGGGUGCUUUUGAUUUUUACUAUCUUCAUUGUGCUUCAUUGUUGACACUAUAAUUACUUUUCGGGCUCUAAAAAAAAGGGAAAACAUGCAACAGAGUUAACGACUCUCAUAUUUACAGUCCAGCGGUGCUUGUUAAGCAAAAUUAAUGGACGUUUGGGAACCAAAAUGGAAGUGAUGUGCUUGAAACGGAUCAGAAGGAAAAAAUCUUUUAAAGCGAGAGCAUUUGGUGCAACUCACUGGCUGACACAAUUUCUAAAACACAGGAGAAUGUGUAACAUUGUUUUUUUGUUUUUUUAAUUAAUUAUUAUGAUCAGUUAGUUUUUGUGUAGUUUUUAUCAAUAAAAUGACGACAAAAAAAAAAAAAGUGGUGGAAAAAAAAAAUAAACAUAUUAUUUUGU